GAUGGCUCGGUGGGUGUACUCGGAAGUGCAUUUUCCCCAACAGCGGGGGCGUGGCGGCGGCAGGUGUGAAAAAUGAGAUUGCCUUGGGCAUCAGACACCAGGCUGAACGGAGCGGAAUGCAUGCCGAAAGAGCAAGCGGGAAAUGUUUUCUGAUGGGCAUAUUGGUCGGAAUUUCAAGGAAUGGUUUUCGCAGUCAAACGAAGCCGUCGUCGAAUCGUAGAGCCCUUGUUUCUAAGGCGGCUGCUCGAAAAUUGCCCAAAACUUUAUUCGUCGAUACACGUUCAAAAUUUACAUGACAAAUAACGAGUACAUUUAGCAAGACAAUUCAACCAGAACUCAGAAUGGACUUAGUCGUGCCACCGAACGGACUCUAUGAGAUGCCGCACCAACCGGAGUAUCCGGAUUAUGAGGCGAUGAGAAGACCAGUAAAGUCGUUGAAGGAAGUUCUGGUCGAUAGGGAACUCGAGUUUUUCUUCAAAACGGAAGAUAUUAAGGAAGUCAAUUCCGAGGUGUCACAGGAUAGGAUUUGGGACUCUUUAUCGAUUCGUUUUGGACUGAUUGGCCAUAUUUCAGAAUGAAUGUAAUAUGGACGAAAAUUUAAGAUAAGAUCGAACUUUAUUAGCUGAAUUUAAUUUAAAUUCAAAUUAAAGAGUACCCUCACUACUAUUCUGCUUUCUGUGAGCCCAACGCUAAUCAGGUAUCGCAGUCUAUUAACCCUUCUAUUGGCUCUCCAAAUACUAGAUUCUAAUUGUGGCCAAAAACGCCACACGCAUUGCUGUUUACGGUCUCCGUUUGGCCAACAGAUCGAGCCGCGUCUAAUUAGACCCACGCGCGGAUUUGAUUAGUGGAACGGGCCCACACACUGCCGAUUGGUGGCUGUGACCCAGACGAAGAUCUGAGACCCAGAUUGAGAUGUAGACAGCAGCUAAAGCUGAAGCUGAUGCUG